CAACAACCAGAUGCUUUUUACACGCGGCUGACAGACCUCGGAUUAUGUGAAUGGUCACUUUGAAACGAAGUAAAAACAAUGAAUUGGAUAUUACGUUUAAACGUAUACCUCUAUGUGUCGAUGCUGUUCAUCUGUGGAGCCUUCGGGGAAUCCACCAUUGAGAAUCUGUUGUCAGAGGUCGAUGUGUCUUGGCGCCAUCGGCCAUCCGAGGACAGAGUGCCAGCGUUCAUGCAUCUCUUGUACGAGGAUUUGAAGGAGGAGAUGCUACGUAUUCACCGGACGUCAUGGGAGGACAUGUACGCUCAAAGUCCUGUUAUCAGAUCCUUUAGGGCAACACCAAGAGACAAUUCCGGGAGAAGAUUUAAAUUCGAAAUAUCGCCAUCGCACAACCUCAACAACGUAUCCGACGCUUACUUAAUCGUGAAUGCAGCGAACAUCAACAUCACGGCCAAGUUUAGAGGAAUAUCACUGGAAAGAAACCGUGCAUCGUUUUCUAACAACUAUUACGCAUUCAAUGUCAUGGAGGCACUGAGUACUACACAACAUGAAAAUAAAGCAAACAUUCACUUUCACUUUGUACACACUCGACAUGUGCCUGCAAGAGACGUUUUCCUGGUUGUGUACCAGCACAUUGCAGCAGCCGCGCUGGAUCAUUCACGUCACAAGAGGAACACCUUCCAAAACUCAUCGAUGCAUUUCUUUCAAAGAUUUACCCAGACAAGCAUGGAAGAUGUAGAUGAACGUGACUGUCGCCGCUUGGAAUGGGUUGUGGAUUUUACCACCAUAAGAUGGUUCUGGAUCAUUGCCCCCACUAGUGUCUCCGCAGGAAUCUGCAGCGGGAGCUGUAGUUUAUUGUCGACGAACCGGAACACCACGAACUACACCUUCAUGAAGACAAUGUUCCACAUUCAGAACGACGAUGCUACAAUCCCUCACGCAUCAUGUGUGCCCCUGUUACUAGCCCCGAUAACUAUCAUUUACUACGAUAGGGGAUACAAUGUCAUUACUCGGGUCGUGCCAGAACUCAUUGUGGCUGGGUGUGGCUGUAGGUGACACUUCCCAUGGGAAAGGCGGAAUUGUACAAGAACUGGAUUGUCAAACAACGUCCAAGUGUAUCUGUAUGAAUAACGAGGUGUCCCGGGCUUUGUGACCGUGGGGAACCGAAGCUCGAUUUCAACCAGGUGGUAAGGUUGAUCUGCGCCCAAACCGUCAACAUAUCGGUCACACAUACUACAUCAUUCAUUGUUUUGUGGUUUCGCCAAUAUCAUCGGCGCCACAGGAUGUGUUGACAGUCGACCUCUACAAUGAAAUUGGUUCGCAGGUUUAUACAUAUAAAUAUGUAUAGAUGACAACAUGACAAUAUAUCAAUUACUUUAAACAAACGUGUAAUCAAUACUAGUCCUCAACAUAUCACUCCAUAUACAAAACUAUUCUCGUAAUAUAUAACGGUAUAUUAAAGUAAGUAAGCAGCUUACAAAUGUUCAAACAAAGGGGCCAGAAUAAUGGGCUCACUCAAGGGCCUUACUUUAUAUUAUGAUUCCUUUACAUGGAAAAUAUUGUUGAGAGGCCAGAAUAAUGGACUUACUCAAGGGCCUUACUUUAUAUUAUGAUUCCUUUACAUGGAAAAUAUUGUUGAGAGGCCAGAAUAAUGGACUUACUCAAGGGCCUUACUUUAUAUUAUGAUUCCUUUACAUGGAAAAUAUUGUUGAGAGGCCAGAAUAAUGGACUUACUCAAGGGCCUUACUUUAUAUUAUGAUUCCU